AUGUCUAGAAAAGUUAACAAAAAAUUAUAUGAUGAGGAGGUGGUAGUGCCUUUUCGAAUUGGGAAGUAUGAGGACGAGGUCCUUUGCGACGUCGUUCCAAUGCAAGCUUCUCAUAUUUUGUUGGGACGGCCAUGGCAAUAUGACAAGAAAACUACUCAUGAUGGCUUUACCAACAAAUACUCCUUCUUGCACCACAACAAGAAGAUGACCCUUGUCCCUCUCACACCUCAACAGGUGCACGAAGACCAAUUGCGAUUGCAACAAGAGCAUGAACGAGAGUUGUCCAAGAAGUCAACCAAUUCUAAAGCAAUCACUAAGGCACCAGUCGAGAGGACGCCUAUCCCUGGAACAUCUGGUCGAAUGGAGAAACGACCCAACUUGCUUGCCAAGAAUAGGGAAGUUCGCAAGUUACUUUUGUCUAAGCAAGUUGUCUAUAUUUUAUAUUGCAAAGAGGUGAUUUUACUUUCCCAUGAGGCACUCACUGACUUACCUCCUGAAAUUUCUUCUUUGUUGCAGGAAUUUGAUGACGUUUUCCCAGCCGAGAUUCCAAGUGGACUACCCCCACUUAGAGGGAUCGAGCACCAGAUAGACUUCGUCCCUGGAGUAGCCUUGCCGAACAGACCGGCCUACAAGAUGGGUCCUGAAGAGACUAAGGAGAUCUAG